AUAUUAUAUCAUUCUCGACUUUGACACAAUGUUAGUUUUUUACAUAAUUCUAAUACUUUGUUUUAGUGAUAAAGGCACUAGUUUAAAAGGUCUUAACGUAUGUGAAGACACACAAAGGAAUAUACAGUAUUGUUGUUCGGGCUAUGAAGACACAAAUGGUAUAUGUACAGAGUGCAAAAUUGGUUAUAGGUCAAUAGAAGGAAAACCGUGUACCCAUUGUCCAAACAACAGAUUUGGAGAAAGAUGUUUGAACCGUUGCAACUGUAACCAAAUUGGAGAUAGGUGUGAUCAUGUUAAAGGGUGCAGUUCAAAGUUUGAAGUUCGCGAAGAUGUCAACUAUACAACUAGAACUGUGGUGGAAACCUUUUCCGAAUCAAUGACGGUGUUUAAAUUGCACGUGUUUUUCUUCGGGGCUGCAAUAGUAGGUGCAUUAGUUAUGAUAGGAGGAUGUUUGGGCUUUAUCUGCUUUUGUAAAAAAGGAAACCAGAUAAAUGCGAAUACGGUCAUUGAGGAAAACAGAUUUCCAAACGUUAACUUAGAUGCAGGCCAUAGUGCAUUCCAGUUGACAGAAGAUCAACAUGUAGCUAGUAGCUCAUAUCUACAAGUCAUAAAUGGAUCGUACGGCACUGUCAUUGAUAACAAUGGAAAUGAAGAUCGCUGCAGGCAACUCAACCCAUAUGUUAGCCUGGUUCCUAAAAAUACCGAUACACAUUAUUACAUGUACUAUGAGUAGAGGAAACAACAAAACCAUGAUACAUUAUCCGGUCUUUAUUCAUGUAUAUAUAUGUUAGAAAUAAGUUAUAGAAACUAAAUAAUAAUAAAAUGGAAAUUUCUAAAGAUA